AUGUUUGUCAACCUCCCCCAGUCAAGGCUCAAGGGACUUCUGGGGACGGAAGGACGAUUAAAGGCUUCAGAUCUCUUCCCCAAUGUGUUGGCUGUCUUUGGUGAAUUUAAGAUGCCUGUAGAACUUCUACCAGAUCAUACUCCAAAGACUUGUUUCAACAGAAGUUCUGGUCCACUGGUACCAUCCCUGAGGUGUGGCCAGAAGAAUGUGAUGCUGUGUCACAUGUUCUGCCCUCAGACUGGAGAAGAGUCGACUCUGUCCGAAAGCUCCGAUAUCGACGUUGAAAAUGGGCCACUGCAGAGUGAGAAAUUUUUUAUCCUACAUAUUCUUGUUUGGCUUUAUGCAAGCAUCAAACUAAGGAUAGCAAAGAUGAGUCUCUCUUCCUACGUGUUAAUGCUGACUUUUUCUUUGUUUUCUCAAGGUAUUUUACUUUCAGCUUCCAAGUCCAUAAGAAAUUUAGAAGACGACAUAGUAUUUAAUACAUUUAGGAUGGGAAAAGCUUUUCAGAAGGAAGAUACUGCAGAAAGAUCAGUUGUUGCUCCUUCUCUGGAACAAUACAAAACCGAUGAGAAUGGUUUCAUGACGGAUGAUGAGAACAAAAAUUCAAAGAACACAGGCUCCAAACAGAAUCUCAUAAAUCAUGGUCUGCCACUGAAUCUGGCUAUAAAACCUUACCUCGCUCUGAAAGGACCAGUAGCUUUUCCAGCUGAGAAUGGAGUUCAGAACACUGAGUCAACACAAGAAAAGAGAGAAAUUGGGGAUGAAGAAAACUCAGCUAAAUUUCCUAUAGGAAGGAGAGAUUUUGACAUGCUCAGGUGCAUGCUGGGAAGAGUCUACCGGCCCUGCUGGCAAGUCUGACAGCUGCUGGUCCACAUCAUCCUUUCAGACAGCUCACUGCAAAUGGAGAGAAAAGCCCUUAAUGUUGACAUGACUUGUGUAUUAUCCUAAGUGUCUGUUUUAAAAGAAACUAGUUAAGAUAUGUAAUAAUCAAAUGAUAUGCUUUGACUUGUCCAUUAAACUUCACAAAAAUUCUGCAUAAUUCUGACUUACUGGUGUUUUUGAA